AUGGCCAAUUUUUCCCAGUCCUCCAGCUACAGCAGGCGAUACGACCGCUUCCUCCACCGCACGGGUCUGUCCGUGUCCCUAGGCCAGGUCCGCUGGUACACAACCGGUCUGAACCGGACGUUUGUCCGCCUGGCCAGCUGGCAGUCGCCAUGGCAACGGGCGUGGUUCUCGGCGGGGGUGUGGUUCGCCUAUGUGGCGAUGGUUGGGUCCAUCGCACUGCUGGUCGGGACGUUGGUGCAGGGUGUGAGGAACUUAACCAGGGCUCCGGAGGAGAGGACACAGCAGAUACUGGUGCCUGUGAUGCCAGGUGUGAACCUGCCCUGGAGCCACAUGGUGUACUUUGCUGCCACCUUGCUGCUGGCUGGGGUACUGCAUGAACUUGGUCAUGCCAUUGCUGCAAUUAGAGAACAAGUACGGGUGAACGGAUUUGGGAUCUUCUGUUUUGUCAUCUACCCUGGAGCGUUUGUGGACCUGUCUACAGAACACCUGGACAGUGUCUCAGCUCAACAGAAGCUGAGAAUCUUCUGUGCAGGAGUGUGGCACAACUUUGUGCUGGUGGUGUUAGCCCUGGUACUGCUGAUCUGCAUGCCGUACCUCCUCCUGCCACUGUACAGCACAGGACAGGCCGCUGUGGUCACUGGGCUGGUGGAGGGCACUGCUGUCUCAGGUCCAAGGGGACUUCUCUUGGGAGAUCAUGUGACCAGGAUGGAUGACUGUCCAAUCAGGAGCAAGGAGGACUGGGAGCAGUGCAUCCUGGGUGUUCUUCACACACCUCACAGAGGCUUCUGUCAGUCUGCAGAUCAGAUACAACAUUUCAACACAGCUGUUAAAGUUCACAGGACGGUACAUGGUAUAGUGGAGUGCUGUAACACCAACACCAGUCUGAGUGAGCUGUGCUUCUCUUAUCGGCACUCUAACUUCUCAGCACAGUACCAUGCAUGUCUGCCUGCCAGAACAACUGCCUCAGGCCCUGUUUGUCGGACCAACCACGACUGCCUGACACCCGAACGUCACAAACUGAGCCUGCGCCGGCCAAACUUGCACCCCAGCUCUGCGUUCUGUCUGUUCCCUGCCCUGGACAACAACACCCGGCUGGUCAGGGUCACACAGGGGAGAGAUCCACCCAUGCUGUUCCUGGGAAACCCGUGGGAGCUGUACUAUCAUGCCAAGGUGAGCAGCUACAUGCCAAGGUUUGACUUCCUCCCCCUGGAGUUACCUGAAUUCCUGGAGACCUUCUGCAAAUACCUCAUCUCCCUGUCCGGAGCGCUGGCAGUCCUGAACGUCGUCCCGUGCCACGCCCUGGACGGACAGUGGAUCCUGUCAGCCCUGGUGGACUCACAGCUGGGGAGACUUCUCCCCAACAGGAGGGACAGAGACACCGUCGCUGCUCUGAUUUCCCUGCUUGGCACUGUGUUACUCGGGGCUAACAUAGCUCUAGCUUUGUGGAGCCUUAUUUUCAGAUGAUAUUAGUUAUCUCAAGGACAUUAUACUACAAGUAAAUGUCCUUGGUUAUCUGUAGUAAGGGAGGGUUUAUUUAUUCAUGAAGAUUUACCAAAUUUGUGAAAGGAAUAUCCAAGAGGACGUCCCUAACCGAAGCUAUGUACUCAUUUUCUCCUGAGUAAGAAAAUACAUUGUAGGUGUAAAGUGCUGUUAACAAAGGGUACAACACUAGGGCCUGCCAGGGAUUUGAACCCAGAACCUCCAGAUUCCGAGUCAAGAACAGCCCUAACCACAAGACGACCUUGCCACCUGAAAGUUACAAGUACAGCUACUACAGCUGUGCUUGGAUUGGAUACAGUUUCAUACAAAGAAAACAUCCCUGGCAGUUAUUCUGAUAUUUAGACAUGUGAAUGGAAGCUGGCCUUUGAUUGGUCAAAAUCAAUUGUGUUAAAAAGAAAAAAAAGGCAUGAAGCAUAGCUUGCAAUGAUACCAUCACAGGAGAAAAGUAGAGCAAAACUAAAGCAAAAAGUCAUGGAAACGUCAGAGGAAAUAGCUGAGAAAAGUCCUUUAUUGAAACAUUUUUGGCAGCUGUGCUGCCUAUUUUAAUAAAGCUAUCCAAUUUGUA